GGCGGGUGGGAGGCUCGGCGUGUGUCCGGGAGGAGGGCGGGCCGCGCGGGCCCCACGUCCGCAGCCCGAGCCCGAGCCCAGAGCCCAGAGCCCAGAGCCGCCGCCUCCGGCCCCCAGGCCGACCAGCGAGCGCCGCGAGCCGCCGGGCCAGGGCCGCCGAAAAACUGGCUCUGUGGACUUGAUACAGGUUUUAAAUUGUACCUGCUGAGACCAUGAAUCAGACGGACAAAAACCAACAAGAAAUUCCUUCAUACCUUAUUGAUGAGCCACCAGAAGGCUCAAUGAAAGACCAUCCCCAGCAGCAGCCCAGCAUGCUGUCCCGGGUCACUGGCGGCAUCUUCAAUGUGACAAAAGGAGCCGUUGGCGCCACCAUUGGUGGCGUGGCUUGGAUUGGAGGGAAGAGUCUGGAGGUGACCAAGACAGCUGUUACCACAGUGCCUUCCAUGGGCAUCGGGCUGGUCAAAGGAGGAGUGUCGGCUGUGGCUGGCGGGGUCACAGCCGUUGGGUCUGCUGUUGUAAACAAAGUGCCCUUAACAGGAAAAAAGAAAGACAAGUCUGACUGAGAGAGCGAGAAGGACGGGAAGAUGAGCCGUGCCCUCAGCAGCACCACGAGGCCAGUGGCUUCGAGCUGCCAGCGGGGGGACUACCACCUCUUGGGGAUGUUUCUCUUCUCAAGUGCUGUGUUGGAAGUAUUGAUGACUUCCUUUCAUAUGAAAAGAGAAGAUGCCAAGACUCUCACCGCUUGUGAAAGUUCAUCAGACUUUGAUUCCAGAUUUUUAACUGGUGAAAUGUUACACUCGUUCAGUAGUAACUGAAGGUAUAGUAUGUUUCAAUAUUACUGUAGGUCUUUCAGUUCAGUUAAAAAUGUGAAAAUUACAUUUAGUGGAUAAUCUUUGCUGUUCCAUCCAUCUGAUAAUGUGCCAGAGGACUCAUGGCCCUUAUGAGAGCUGUAAACUCUAUGAACUGUACCUCUGAUGUGCCUAGUAGUUUUGGGUGUCUCUUAGUUUUUAAAAAUGGUAUUUUAUUUAGGCUAAGAGGCAUAUUUUACUCAUUUAAGCUGGUAAGAUAGGAAUUGGACGUGUUAAAAAGUAAACUUUUAUGUGAUAAUUUCUGAGCGCUAUCCUUUGUUAGAUAUGCAUUAUGUUCAUUUAAUCAUUGAUGCCUUACAAGAGGACGUGUGUUCUGAUGCCCUAAAUAGCAUUGCAGUUUUUAGCUUUUGACUAUUUCAGUCCGUAAGUGAAAUUAAGACUUUUUUCAUUUAAGAAAAGAAUCUCAGGAGUAAAAGCACCUCUUGUUGCCAGCAGAUAAGAAGAAUCCAUUUUUUUAUUAACUGUCUGCCACUUACCAAAAAAUUUAAAAGGGUAGACAGAUCCAUAUUGAAGCCCAUGUUCCACAGUCUCUGGAGUAAAAUACACCUUGUAGUGCCUGAAGAUACAUUUCUUAGCUUUUCACUUAGAAAGACAUGGUGGAUGAGUUUCUUAUUAAGAGGUGUAAUAUGUGUGACAAAUAACUUUUAUAGUUGUUCUUUAAGAAUUAGCUGCAGCAACCAAGAUAGACACAGAAUUCUUCACUCCUAUUAAAAAAAAAUCUGUAAGGCUGGCUUAAAUCACAGUAGCGCUACCACCGAUUUUUAAGGACAUUGUAAAAGCAACAGUUUUUGAGAACUGCUUUGUGACUCUCCAGGUGAGCCUGAGGCAUGAAAUGGGUAUAAACGCUUCCUUUCAGAAGAUUUGUAUGUACAGAAUACAAGAUAAAUUCUAGGCCUUAUAGACAGAAAGAGGAUUUCUAUCAUUUUUCUUUCCCUUUUUUUCUUUUAAAUUUUCAGCCAGUGAAUGAUAUUCUUAGUGAUAUACUAGUUUCACACAUCAUAUAGUCUGUUUAUUGUGCUUCUGUCUCCCACAAAUGAAUGACUUUUAACAUUCACUCUUCUUACAAAAUUCCAUUUCAUGAAAACAGUCCAACUAAGGAAACCAUCUGUUAGAUGUUAUCCAAGGAGAUGACCAUUUAGAUGAGUUUUAACAGUUAUCUCUACACUCACAUCUGAUGUUCUGUCUCGAAUGUCUGCACUUUGGUCCCAUGUGUCCAAAUUAUACUCCUCAGCCAUGCUUUGGGGGUCCUGUAGUGAUGUCCCAGGGGACUUGAGCCAAACCACUUCAAGAUCUGGAGUUAAAUGUUUGUUUACAGUGAAGCAGUUUACCUUAGUGUGCCUCUGCACAUAGCUUGAGGAUUGUGCUCCUUAAUACUUAAGCUUUUUUUUCUUUUUAAGCUCUCAUCAGCACCAUCAUAGUUUAAGCAAAUCUAGAAUAUUCCAUGAAAGCUUUAUACUGGACACUGUUAAGACUGAAGUAGCGAGUUCAGCCCAGUCUAUCAGGUGUUAAAUUGCUAUGUGGAGACUUAGGAUGUACUCACUGGUUACAACUUUCUUUGCAAGCACCAUAGUUUGAAAAGCAGUUGGAAAAUGUGACGUAAACACUAUUGGAUUGGCUAAGAAAAAAAACAACAACCCUAUAUUGAAGAAUUUAUUUACUGUUGUUUGGGAAAUUCUUUUCUGCUUACCUGGUGGUUUAUUUUAUUCCUAAUUUAUCUUCUGCAGUCAUAAUCUUCAGUGCUGUAUGUGUACCUAGAUUUCUUUUACAGGUAGAAUUUUAGGAUUUUUUGCAUAUUUAUUUUCAAUUGUGUUUGUCUCUAACAUUUUCUUGCAGUAAAAAGUGUUGAAAUGUCCUUCUGUGGAAAAGUCA